AUGCUUGACACGAAACAAAGAGAACGAAGCGGACAGGCAUUCGUCUUCCACACCUGGGCGUGUUCGGUAGCGACGCGGGAGCAGGUCACAGCGAGCGCUCGCCGGUGCAGGACUUUGCAGUUGCAGUCGAGGCGGCUCGGGGUUGCGAGCGCACCGCGUCAACAACUGGCACCAGAGGCUCGCUGGGGCAGCCACCGGUGCCACUUGGGUUUCCAUAAGCUCUCAACGCGAAGCGCAAGACGCUUACGGGUCAGUGCCUCGCCACUGGCGCCGCUGCAGCUCCGAGCAGCGACGCCAGCCCCCGAGAACGAUCCGGACGCCUCUGAGGCGAAGACGAUGCCUCGACGGCGCGCUUCCGACUCAGGUUCGUCGUCGUCGUCGUCGUCGUCGCCGAGAGCGAGAGAGCGUCGGUUCCGCAACAGAGACAGCGCAGACGAGGCGGACGGUGACGAUGCCGACCUGGAAGUCGACGAGGUUGACGACGACGACGACGAGGAGCUCGAUGCCGAGCAGGAGCUACUCGCCGAUAUCACCGAGCGCUACGAGACCUGGAAGUCACAAGCACAGCGCAAGUCGCUGAGCGCUAUGCGUGGUAGUGAGGAAGUUUUUUUCGAUGCCUAUGACCUUAAUGAACGAUUCCGACCUGACUACUGGCAACGGCUGCGAGUUAUACUUCAACCCGAGGAAGCAUUUGCGAACAUUUUCAAAUUAGAGGGCGUUCUCAGUGCGAAUGCGCAUGCAAUUGAGUAUGCGUCAUGGAAACAGCUGGCGGAGGAGCUCGACAAAGAGCCACCUGAUGAGGAUAUUGUGCAGCAAACCUACCAUCUUCGCCCGGAGCGGAUUGUGCAAGGAGUUCUGCGAUGGACCGACAGCUGGCGCGAGGUACUUAGCAUCGUUUAUCGACAGCAGGAAAUCUACAGGGAGCGCUUUCUAGCUGAGCAGCAUCGACCGACGCGAGGACUUUUGCGAUGGCUCGAGUUGCUCCAAAGGUACGACAUGCCGUGUGCGGUUUACAGUCGGUUGGAUCGCGUAAGCGUCGAAAAGGCGCUGACCGACAUGGGUGUCGCCGACUUUUUCAAGGAGCGAAUCACCGCCGAAUCCGAAGUGGAGACCGCAAUCCAAUUCCUUCUUGUCGCGUGUGUGAAGAUGCAGCGAGCGCCUCAGAAAUGUGUUGUGUACGAAGAUACGCCGAAGGGUAUCCUAGCUGCACACGAGGUGUUCAGCAAAGCUAUCGGCUUGGUUGGCCUCUUUCCCGCAUUUGACCUACGAUUGGCCGACUUGACCGUUGAAGACUUUGACGAUCUGCGGGUGAUGAACGUCAGGCGACUUUUCGCGGAUCAGGAGGAACCCGCACCGCAGUUCGAAUACGAGCGCCGCUGGUAA